AAGAUCCUCAACUACAUUAAGUCAGGCAUUGAAAGUGGUGCUACUCUUGAAUCUGGAGGUGAUAGUGUUGGCUCCAAGGGCUAUUAUAUUCAGCCCACUGUUUUCUCAAAUGUUCAGGAUGACAUGUUGAUUGCAAAGGAUGAGAUCUUUGGCCCAGUGCAGUCCAUCUUAAAAUUCCAGACUCUUGAUGAGGUGAUUCGGAGGGCGAAUGCAAGUCGGUAUGGGCUGGCUGCCGGAGUUUUUACUAAGAACAUUAACACUGCCAACACGUUGACUCGUGCAUUGAAAGCUGGGACAAUAUGGAUUAACUGCUAUAUAGUUUUUGAUGCUGCAAUUCCUUUUGGUGGGUACAAGAUGAGUGGACAUGGAAGAGAGAAGGGCAUUUACAGCCUUAGUAACUAUUUGCAAGUUAAGGCUGUUGUUACUCCUUUGGAGAAUCCAGCAUGGUUGUAAUUUCUAUAUACAGAUCAGGUUUCAUGAGUUAAGAAUUAUAUUAUUAUUUAUGCAUGAGCAAAGAGCAUACUUUGCCUACA